CCACGGGAUUUGAACCCAGAACCAUUCAACUAGGAAGCAGGUGCGCUAACCACUUCAAUUUGGGGCGACCGCAUUCAAACUUGUAACGUUGAAACAUUUGAAUUAAUAGCCGUUGACGCCAUGUUAGUAAAGGUUUCCAGUCAGGUGAAUCUUUUAUUAUGUAAAUACAUUUGACCUGCCAUCUUUUUUUUUUUUUUCCUUCUUCCUCAUCUCAAACCUCCAACUGGACGGAGUGGACGUUAAACCAGCUCAACAAACGCGACACUUUCAGCAAAAAAAAUCUUGGUUCAUUGGAUGUAAAAAUGAGUUAUUCAGGAGGGUUCAACAUGGAAGACAUCAUUAAAAUGAAACCAGGUGGGGGCACGCAGGAGCCCAAAAUUGAUCAGCUGAAGAGGGAACUUGCGAGGCUGCAACAAGGCAAAACAAUCCUAAAAGAGGAAAUUACGGAGAGGAAAUCACUCAGUGAGUGUCUGCAGAAGGAGCUGGCCACACUGCAAACUGAGGCCUACACACUGGAAAGGACCCAUCAAGCAAAAAAGGAAUUGUCUCAGAAGCUGCAGUUCCAGUGCGAGGAAUCCAAGCGCGAGUCUAUCAGCCUUGCCGAGCUGAACAGGAAGAGCGAAGAACUGUUGUCGCAGCACCGUUGUGAAAUCCAGGAGCUGAAGCUCAAGCGCCGCAAAUUACGGAUGAAGUUUGAGAAUCAACUCCAUCAACUGAUUGAGCAGCAUAAGCAACUGCACGCCGUCAUUAAAGAUUCCCAGCUAAAACAUCGAAGCAGAGCACUGACUCAAGAAUGUGAGACGUGAGCUCACCUGAUGACAUAACCCGGGAGGACUUAAAGUGGACGUUUGCUGGUACUUUGGUGGAAAAAGAAAGUGGGGGAGGGAAUUUUCCUCCGUCCGUGCCAUCUCGGCACAAGCGAGUGCGUAGGACCGAGUGAACAAGGCGAGCCAACGCACGAGCAGACAAUCGGCCAAGCGCUUUACGAGCCGCGGCUCUCCUUCUCCGGCUCCCGUCCCGAACACACCUUGUUCCACGCGCAACACGCACAAAAGGCCACUAUUUCCCAAGGGCGCGCCGCACGCGCGCCAGUGCGCGUUGCGGCGUUCAUCGGUCGUCUUUUUGAACCUCCCCCCGACAGCGCGCAAUCUCGCACGUGAGCCGUCGGCGCAGAGGUGCGACCGCGUGGAAAUCGCAGAAAAUAUCACGAGCAAGCGAGGGAAAAGAAAGACCCUCGUGACGGCAAACAGGUAACGUACACAAACGGCGAAGGCGGAGGGCGCGGCUGCUCGGAGGAAUGCGCCGGAGGCAUCUUGACACACCCUCCCGCCCGAGAUCCAACCCCCCCCC